GGAAUGAGAAUGUGCGUGGGUCUGUGGCGGAGGUCCACGCGUGGUUCUCCCGGGGCUCGCCGCGGUGCGGAUGCGGGUUGCUGGCGGGCUGCCCUGGGCAUCCCGCGGAGGGUCGGGGGCUGCGGCGGGUUUUCUUGGUCCUGCCCCCGAGGGGCAGACCUGGGAGCAGCGCUUCCAGCACUCAUGGCAAAGCCAUUAGCUCACUGUGGAGGGGCCCCGAGGAGGACAAACGCAUCGGACUCCGCGGCGGGGGACGACAAGAUAAGCCAUGUGCACUGCCCUGAGCCCGAAGGCACGUGGGCCUGGCCUCUCUGACAUGCAUCAGUACAGUCAGUGGCUUGCAAGUAGACACGAGGCCAACUUGCUGCCAAUGAAGGAGGAUUUGGCCCUCUGGCUCACAAACUUACUGGGUAGAGAAAUAACAGCAGAAACCUUUAUGGAGAAAUUGGAUAAUGGUGCCUUGCUUUGCCGGUUAGCUGAGACCCUGCAGGAGAAAUUUAAAGAAAACAGCUUUGAUGCAAACAAGCCUGGCAAAACCUUACCAGUUCGGAAAAUUCCAUGCAAAGCCAAUGCUCCUUCAGGGUCUUUUUUUGCACGGGACAACACAGCAAAUUUCUUAUCCUGGUGCAGAGGUGUAGGUGUGGAUGAUACCUGCCUGUUUGAAUCAGAAGGUUUGGUACUCCACAAGCAGCCAAGAGAAGUGUGCCUUUGUUUGCUGGAACUUGGAAGAAUUGCAGCAAGGUGUGGGGUAGAACCUCCUGGAUUAAUAAAACUGGAAAAAGAGAUUGAACAAGAGGAAACACUUUCAGCUCCCCUUCCAUCUCCUUCACCAUCACCCACAAAGUCUCCUGGGAAAAAGAGUACAGGGAAACUCUUGGAUGAUGCUGUUAAACACAUUUCUGAAGAUCCACCUUGUAAAUGCCCUAAUAAGUUCUGUGUGGAGCGUCUUUCACAGGGAAGAUACAGAGUUGGAGAGAAGAUCCUUUUUAUUAGGAUGCUGCACAACAAACACGUGAUGGUUCGUGUUGGAGGAGGCUGGGAGACUUUUGCAGGUUACUUACUGAAGCACGACCCAUGCCGAAUGCUUCAGAUCUCCCGAGUAGAUGGGAAAACAUCUCCAAUCCAGAGCAAGUCUCCAAACAUCAGGGACAUGAAUCCAGACAAUUAUCUGGUUGUUUCUGCCCAUUACAAAACCAAGAAGGAAAUUAAGUGAAAUAAGCUUCUCAUGUGAGUGGGACUUGGUGUAUGUAGGUCCAAAUUAUUCUCUCAAGUGUAGUGAAUUUAGUUAAUGCUUUAAAAGGACUUUGGAAAAUUUAACACAGACUGGAAAUGACACCCCAUUUUGAAGAUCUUUGAAUUUAGAACUAUUUAUUUCUAGUACUGUAUCUUUCAUAGCAACUUACCCUUGAUAGGCAAAUUACUACAAUCGGAUAAUAAACAGACAUAUCUUUUUAGCCAAAUUAUUACUCUUUAUUAUGUGAAUGUAUACUUAGAGCUACAUAAAGGAGUGGAUCCUGUUAAUGGAAGAAAAUACACAAUGAAAUAUAUUUGUACCAAAAUCUUACUACUUUGAACCCCUGACUGUUAGUCUAGUUGAAAUAUAUAUAUGCAGGUGGAAAAUGGGUAUUUGGAGAAAUUAUUUGGUAAUGUCUCUUGAAAUGAAAUAAAAAUUGACUAUUUGUAUGUUUUGCAAUCUUUUCUUAAUUAGUAGAAUAUAAUGGCUUAUUGCAUGCCAAACAACUUCUCAAAGCCAUUACUUAAAAGAAAAAGCCCAAGAAACCCCUUGACAGCAUUUUACUGUUUAGAGCUGAAGACAACACUGAGUGUUCGAUCUGUGUGUAGAUCCUUUCUGUUUUUCACCAAGCUGCCCGGUAUGGAAGCAUGGGGACGUGGGGAGAGUGUCCCUUGCUGUGUCACACAGCAGAGCUGCCUGGUCACACCCGGUGAUGUUCUGCAGCCCACAAGGGAAGCACUCAUAGUGCACAGCCCUCAACCCAGGGAGGAGCUUCAGAAAAUGCAGGUCCCUCUGGAGUGAAAAAACACGGCUCUGUUCUUGGAUAUGAGCUUUUCCUUCCCCUUCUUUUUAAUGUUGUUGGUUAUUGUUAAAUGUGAAAUAUUCAUUACGCUGUAAAUAGAGUGAUUCACAUUCUCAUAAAUCAUUCACACACCUCUAAUAUAGCUAAAGGUGUAUGUGGGCUUAGUUCAUUAUUUUGGCUACUUUUCUAUGUUUAUAUUUGGUAAUUUAUGUGCCUUAUAACAUCCUAGAAAAAUCAUUUUAUAGGAUUGUUUCGCUGACUGUAUAAAUUUUAAAAUGAAAUAAAAUUUUUAAAAUACUCAUACAUUUUGAAUUUCUUAUUAUUUGUAAUCAUUCAUCUCUACUUUGCUGCUACUGACUGGAUGCCUACAAUGCACAACACUACUUGCUGCCCUAAUAAUGAGCUGCACAAAGAAAGGGGCAAACAGAUAUCACAGAAAUACUCAUAUUUUCUGAAAAUAAAUUUUUCUUUGCAGGGAAAAAAAUUCAAAAGCAUCCUGGAAAUAUUUUUUUUAGUCCUGACUAGCAUUUUUCUCUAUUUUCUGAUGAUAGCUUUUUUUUUUUUACAUGGCUUAUGAUCUGCUCCUGUGGUCUUUAACAGAAAAAUAAAUGUCUAUGGUUAGAAAGGAUCAAGACCAUCUUUCAUGUUCCAUGCCUUAUUAAAAUCAGCACGUUGUAUCUCACUUCUAUGAAAAAGGCCUGCCUCACCAUCUAAAAAAACCUGCU